CGUACGAUGGCUGAGAGGACACUCUCAAACCCAACUUGCAACUUGAAGGUCCUGUGUAUGGCUUGAUGGUGAGUCACUCGAGAUAAUUCAAUGUCUGGGUGCAGUCAAAAGGAGAAGGAACAUAAUUCCAGGUGGCUUUUCACCCAAACUAGGGGAAGGCAGGCUUCGAAAAAAGCCAGGAUAGUAAUCUCUGCUGGGAUCCUUGAUUUCCGGUUCAUAACGAGGCAAGAAACAUCAGAAAAUAGGCACAGAAAGCACAGAACAAUGCUUGUCCACAAUUUCGUUCACAACCAUGAAGCCACCUCUGUGAAACGGUGGUCAGCCGGCCCAUCGGCAACAUAACAACAAUGGUGACAUAAACGCGACCGUUUUAGGCGGUUUAUAGGUUCAAUCCAAGUAUUCUACAGCAAAACUUCUCCCCUUCAUCACGUAGGCCGCAAUAUUUGCCUAGCCUUUAAUCACUCAUCGUGCAUUUACCCUCAGACAACUCUACCAUGCCUACCUUUCCGUAUCCUUUUGAUCCCAAG